GUGCUGCUCCUAGUUACACAUUGGAACAUCAAGUUAAAAGGAACAUCUUAACUUCUCUCUCAAUCCUCAAUCCUUAUCACUCCCCUCCCCCUCUCUCCCAUCACCACUAUUUUCACCAAAAGACUGUGAAACUCCCUCACUUCUUUAGCCAUGCCCCAGAACUGCAUAGCACCAAAACCAGAAUACUGCAAUAGUACUCAUCACUCUGUGGAAGAACCACCAGAGAUGACCGAGCCACAUGACUCAACUGUUAUUUCCUAUCCCAUGCAAACCAAUGAACAACAACAACAACCGUUCCCAAAACUCAUUAUGUACCCCAUAACUCUGAAGUUUGAAGAGUUGGUGUACAAAGUUAAACUAGAGCAGAAAGGAGGGUGCUGGGGAAGUACAUGGACUUGCAAGGAGAAGACCAUACUGAAUGGAAUCACUGGUGUGGUGUGUCCAGGAGAAAUACUAGCCAUGUUGGGGCCAUCAGGCAGUGGCAAAACCACACUUCUUACAGCACUCGGAGGCCGGCUCAGUGGAAAACUAUCCGGUAAGAUCACGUACAACGGCCAGCCUUUCUCAGGUGCCAUGAAGAGAAGAACAGGCUUUGUGGCUCAGGAUGAUGUACUAUACCCUCACCUAACCGUCACCGAAACACUAGUGUUCACUGCACUCCUAAGGCUUCCAAACAGCUUGUGCCGAGACGAAAAGGUUCAGCAUGUUGAGAGAGUGAUCACUGAGCUAGGACUGACUCGUUGCAGGAGCAGCAUGAUAGGAGGACCACUUUUUAGAGGAAUAUCAGGUGGAGAGAAAAAGAGAGUGAGCAUAGGCCAAGAAAUGCUCAUCAACCCAAGCCUCUUGCUGCUGGAUGAGCCUACUUCUGGCUUGGAUUCCACCACAGCACAAAGGAUCCUCAACACGAUCAAACACCUCGCCAGCGGUGGCAGAACUGUUGUCACAACCAUUCACCAACCCUCUAGUAGGCUCUACUACAUGUUUGAUAAGGUGGUGUUGCUCUCUGAAGGCUGCCCCAUCUAUUAUGGUCCUGCUUCAACUGCCUUGGACUACUUCUCAUCAGUUGGAUUUUCCACAUGUGUGACUGUCAAUCCAGCUGAUCUCUUGCUUGAUCUUGCCAACGGGAUUGCCCCGGACUCCAAGCAUGCAACUGAACAAAGUGAGGGACUAGAACAGGAGAGAAAGCAGGUGAGAGAAUCUCUCAUCUCUGCUUAUGAGAAGAAUAUAGCUACAAGGCUGAAAUCUGAGGUUUGCAGUCUGGAAGCUAACAACUACAAUAUCACAAAAGAUGCUUGUGCAAGAAAUUCGAUAAAGCCAGAACAAUGGUGCACGAGCUGGUGGCAUCAGUUCAAAGUACUAUUGCAAAGGGGAGUGAGGGAGCGAAGGUAUGAAGCCUUCAACAGGCUGAGAAUAUUCCAAGUUGUAAGUGUUGCUUUUCUUGGUGGACUAUUGUGGUGGCAUACUCCAGAGUCACACAUUGAAGAUCGGGUUGCCUUGCUCUUUUUCUUUUCUGUUUUCUGGGGAUUCUACCCUCUCUACAAUGCAGUUUUCACAUUCCCUCAAGAGAGGAGAAUGCUGAUCAAGGAACGGUCGUCUGGAAUGUACCGCCUUUCUUCCUACUUUCUAGCUAGAACAAUAGGAGACUUGCCCCUGGAGCUUGCACUUCCAACUGCAUUUGUCUUCAUAAUCUAUUGGAUGGGAGGGCUUAAACCUGAUCCUGUGACUUUUAUCCUUUCACUUCUUGUGGUGCUUUACAGUGUUGUUGUCUCUCAAAGCCUUGGCUUAGCAUUUGGUGCUAUUUUGAUGGAGGUUAAACAAGCAACUACUCUAGCUUCUGUGACAACCCUUGUGUUUCUCAUUGCUGGAGGGUACUAUAUACAACAGAUUCCUCCAUUCAUAGUGUGGCUCAAGUACUUGAGCUACAGCUACUACUGUUACAAGCUGCUUUUAGGUGUCCAGUACAAUGAAAAUGACUAUUAUCAAUGCUCAACGGGGGAGCUGUGCAAAGUUGCAGACUUUCCUCCUAUCAAAUCAAUGGGCUUGAAUCAUUUGUGGGUUGAUGUGUGCAUUAUGGCCAUGAUGUUGGUGGGUUAUCGACUAGUUGCUUAUUUAGCACUGCAUAGAGUUAGGUAGAUUAAAGUUAUGGCGGAGCUCCCAUACACAGCACGAGAACUUGAAGAGUUUUUGCACAUGUCAACUGAGGAAUAAUGCUAGAAUAGUAGACUUUUGAUGGAACUCAUGUAAUGAAUCUUUAUCAACUCUCCCUGACUGAGUUGGAUGUACAAGACUUCUUUUUAAUAGAUUUAGAGAAUACUAACUCUAUGUUUCUACUUCAACAUAAA